AUGUCAACUUCAGUCUGUCGACGUGCUACUGACGAGGUCUGUCGAACGGCUACUGAGGAGGUCUGUCGACGUGCUACUGACGAGGUCUGUCGAACCGCUACUGACGAGGUGCUACUGGUGAGGUCUGUCGAACCGCUACUGACGAGGUCUGUCGACGCGCUACUGACGAGGUCUGUCGACGCGCUACUGACGAGGUCUGUCGAACCGCUACUGACGAGGUCUGUCGACCCGCUACUGGCGAGGUCUGUCGAACCGCUACUGACGAGGUCUGUCGAACCGCUACUGACGAGGUCUGUCGAACCGCUACUGACGAGGUCUGUCGACGCGCUACUGACGAGGUCUGUCGACGCGCUACUGACGAGGUCUGUCGACGCGCUACUGACGAGGUCUGUCGACGCGCUACUGACGAGGUCUGUCGACGCGCUACUGACGAGGUCUGUCGACGCGCUACUGACGAGGUCUGUCAACACGCUACUGGGGAGGUCUGUCAACACACUACUGGGGAGGUCUGUCGACACACUACUGGGGAGGUCUGUCAACACACUACUGAGGUCUGUCAACACACUACUGGGGAGGUCUGUCAACACACUACUGAGGAGGUCUGUCAACACACUACUGAGGAGGUCUGUCAACACACUACUGGGAAGGUCUGUCAACACACUACUGGGGAGGUCUGUCAACACACUACUGAGGAGGUCUGUCAACACACUACUGAGGAGGUCUGUCGACACACUACUGGGAAGGUCUGUCAACACACUACUGAGGAGGUCUGUCAACACACUACUGGGGAGGUCUGUCAACACACUACUGAGGAGGUCUGUCAACACACUACUGAGGAGGUCUGUCGACACACUACUGGGGAGGUCUGUCGACACACUACUGGGGAGGUCUGUCGACACACUACUGGGGAGGUCUGUCGACACACUACUGGGGAGGUCUGUCAACACACUACUGAGGAGGUCUGUCAACACACUACUGAGGAGGUCUGUCAACACACUACUGAGGUCUGUCAACACACUACUGGGAAGGUCUGUCGACACACUACUGGGGAGGUCUGUCAACACACUACUGAGGAGGUCUGUCAACACACUACUGGGGAGGUCUGUCAACACACUACUGAGGUCUGUCAACACACUACUGGGGAGGUCUGUCAACACACUACUGAGGAGGUCUGUCAACACACUACUGGGGAGGUCUGUCAACACACUACUGGGGAGGUCUGUCAACACACUACUGAGGAGGUCUGUCAACACACUACUGAGGAGGUCUGUCAACACACUACUGGGGAGGUCUGUCAACACACUACUGGGGAGGUCUGUCAACACACUACUGAGGAGGUCUGUCAACACACUACUGAGGAGGUCUGUCAACACACUACUGGGGAGGUCUGUCAACACACUACUGGGGAGGUCUGUCAACACACUACUGAGGAGGUCUGUCAACACACUACUGAGGAGGUCUGUCAACACACUACUGGGGAGGUCUGUCAACACACUACUGAGGAGGUCUGUCAACACACUACUGAGGAGGUCUGUCAACACACUACUGAGGAGGUCUGUCAACACACUACUGGGGAGGUCUGUCAACACACUACUGAGGAGGUCUUCUAGUCAGAGGUCAGGGGUCAGGGGAACGAGUGUGAGCUGA